AUGGCGGAAGACAAGACUUUCCGCUAUGGGUUCAUCAUGUUGGGCUUGUUCCUGCUGGCCGUGGGCAUGUUCCUCAUGACGGUGGACCGGCCACAGGUGUACGUCACCUUCUGCGUCAUCGGCGGGGUCGCUCUGAUCGCGGGGGUCGUCUGGAGCAUGUGCCAAUGCUACCCCAAGAUCGCCUUCGUCCCGGCUGACGCGGACUUUGAGAGCUUCCUGUCCCCGAAGGCUCUGGGCACCGCCGAGAACAGCAUUCCUGAAAAGAAGGGUUCCCAACCUCCUUACUCUAGAUUGGAAGAAGAUGAGGCCUCAGGGCAGAGCCCGGCUGACUAUCGCCACAUCCAGAUGAAGGUCUUUGGCCCCGGGGAGGACCAGGGCGUUCUGUCAGCCCAGAGCCUGCCCCAGUCCGAGCUCCACGCUGGAGGAGAAGGAAGGGGCCCCCGCUCGGAGCCUUCCACGGAGACGACCGUCGUGGUCCACUGGAGCCCGGAUAUCGGGGAGGCUGAGAGCCACCAAGGUCGGCCUGAGGCCAGCCAGAUGACUGGUCCCCAGAUCACUGCUGCCCCCCUGGCCUCCUUUAAAGAUGAGCUGGACUCCAAUGGCAGUGGCAGCAGCAGGAACCCAUCCCCUCCGGAGGGUGAAGAGCCCUGGUCCGAGAAGGCAGACUCUCAGCCCGAUCGCUACCCUGACUUUGUUCUGAUCGAUGCCACCGGGGGCGAUGAGGACUCCCCAGGUCCCAGCCAGGGUAUUUCUCCAAACUUCUGGCCUGGGCCCAGGCCGGGGCCAGCGGAUCCCAAGGAGGCAGCUUCUGAAGGAGGCCUUCCUGACCCGGUGGAGGAGUCUGAAGUAGCCCCGGAGGAACCUGAGGAAGAUGAGGAGGAUCUGUACUACGGACUGAAGGAUGGGCCAGGUGGGACCCUCGAAGUUGAGGAGCUGUUUGACUUUGAGCCAGACUCCUAGGGCCAGAGAAGGGUUUUGGGGUCAGCGGUCCUCACUGGGUUCCAGAUCUAGCCUGGCCUCCAACUCACUGUGUGACCUUAGCUGAGUCACUUUCCCUCACCUCAGUGUUCCCCAUCUAUGAA